AUGUUCUAUGUGCUCCUGGUACCAGCCCUGAUUCUCUGGUACACUUACUGGAGGAUGUCCAGGAGGCACAUGUAUGAGUUGGCUGAAAAAAUCAAUGGGCCACCCGGCCUACCUUUGCUGGGCAAUGCCUUGGAGUUCACUGGAGGUUCAGACGAAAUCUUCAGGAAUAUCGUACAAAAGAGCGUUCCCUAUGACAAUGAGUCCGUGGUGAAGAUCUGGAUCGGACCGAGGCUCAUCGUGUUCCUGUACGACCCUCGGGACGUCGAGUUGAUCCUGAGUAGCCACGUGCAUAUCGACAAAGCAGAUGACUACAGAUUCUUCAAGCCGUGGCUCGGUGACGGUCUCCUCAUCAGUACAGGACAAAAAUGGCGUUCGCAUCGCAAACUGAUAGCGCCAACUUUCCACUUGAACGUGUUGAAGAGUUUCAUCGACCUUUUCAACGCCAACUCUCGGGCCGUUGUUGAUAAGCUGAAGAAGGAAAGCGGAGUCUUCGAUUGCCAUGACUACAUGAGCGAAUGCACCGUAGAGAUCCUGCUUGAAACUGCUAUGGGUGUCAGCAAAAGUACUCAAGAUCAGAGUGGUUUCGAAUAUGCAAUGGCAGUCAUGAAAAUGUGCGACAUUCUUCACUUGAGACAUACAAAGAUUUGGUUGCGGCCUGACGUGCUCUUCAACUUCACUCAGUAUGCCAAGGUGCAAAACAAACUUCUUGACGUAAUUCACGGAUUAACUAAAAAGGUAAUUUCAAGAAAGAAGGAAGAAUUCAAAGCCGGUAAACAGCCAACAAUUGUCGGUGACGUAGAUGUAGUCAAGGGCAACUCCUCUAAGACCACCUCCGUUGAGGGUCUUUCGUUCGGCCAAUCCGCUGGCCUUAAGGACGAUUUGGACGUAGACGAUGAUGUAGGACAAAAGAAACGUCUCGCUUUCCUAGACUUACUUUUGGAAAGCUCCCAGAGCGGUGUCGUUAUCUCUGACGAGGAGAUCAAGGAACAAGUCGACACAAUUAUGUUUGAGGGUCACGACACAACUGCUGCUGGUAGCAGCUUCUUCCUCUCAAUGAUGGGAAUCCACCAAGACAUUCAAGAUAAGGUCGUCGAGGAACUCGAUCAAAUAUUCGGUGAUUCCGAUCGUCCAGCAACUUUCCAAGAUACUUUAGAGAUGAAGUACCUGGAGAGGUGUUUGAUGGAGACGCUCCGAAUGUUCCCGCCAGUGCCGAUCAUCGCCCGCCACCUGAAACAAGACGUUACUCUGCCGUCAUGUGGUAAGAAGGUUCCUUCUGGCACUACAGUUGUAAUAGCGACGUACAAACUACACCGUCGACCGGACGUAUAUCCAAACCCAGACCAGUUUGACCCCGACAACUUCCUGCCCGAGCGUUCGGCUAAUCGUCACUACUACGCUUUCGUGCCUUUCUCAGCUGGACCUAGAAGUUGCGUCGGCCGAAAAUACGCCAUGCUGAAACUGAAGAUUAUCCUGUCCACGAUCCUCAGGAACUUCCGUAUCGUAUCCGACCUCAAAGAAUCCGAUUUCAAACUGCAAGCGGACAUAAUUUUGAAGCGAUCCGAAGGAUUCAAAGUUCGUUUGGAGCCGCGCAAACGGAUGGCCAAAGCC